AUGGGGUGUUGGUGGCAGCUCCUGCUGGGGCUGUGGGCAGUCCCACCCACGUGGGCUGGGCGCGAGCUGCUCAACGUCUGCAUGAACGCCAAGCCCCACAAGCCAGCGCCCAGCCCGGAGGCCAAGCUCUACGAGGAGUGCAUCCCCUGGAAGGACAGUGCCUGCUGCACGGCCAACACGAGCUGGGAAGCCCACCUGGAUGUGUCCCUGCUCUACAACUUCAGCUUGGUUCACUGCGGAUUGAUGAUGCCGGACUGUCAGAAGCACUUCCUGCAGGCCAUCUGCUUCUACGAGUGCUCCCCCAACCUGGGGCCUUGGAUCCAGCGGGUGGGAAGAAGUGGGCGGGGGUGGGAACUGGACCCGCGUGGGCAGGCGGAGCGGAUUCUGGAUGCGCCCCUGUGCCGGGAGGACUGUGAACAGUGGUGGGCUGACUGCCGCACAUCCUACACCUGCAAAUCCAACUGGCACGGAGGCUGGACCUGGAGUCGGGGGAAGCCCCGCUGCCCUGCCAGGGCCCUCUGCCGCCCUUUCCUGCAUUACUUCCCCACCCCGGCUGACCUAUGUGAGAAGAUCUGGAGCAACUCCUUCAAGGCAAGCCCGGAGCAUAGGACCAGCGGGCGGUGUCUGCAGAAGUGGUUCAAGCCUGCCGGGGGCAACCCCAAUGUGGCUGUGGCCCGCCUCUUCGCCAGCCCUGCCUCGUCCUGGGGGCUCUCUGACAUGCUCCUGGCUUUCUCUCUGUUCCUGCUGCUUCUUUCCCGAGAGCCGCUCCUCCUUGCACACACUCCUGCGCUCCCCCAGCUGUGGGCCAGGCCCGGCCACGGCAGCCUCCUUCCUUAGGACCUUCCUGAAACGAGCAGCACGGGCUGGGGGCUUGUGCCUGAGCCUCCCAGGUUCGGUUCUGCUCUGCUGCACCUUCCUGGCCUGGAAGGCAGCUGGGGGCUGGGAAGCCACCGGUGACCAUCCCCUCCUGUCUUAAGGAUGGGGGACUCUGAGGUGGGACUGAAGGCCCUUCUCAUCCAGUGCACACCCACCCCCUACCCAGUAGAGCUGAUGGUGACUGCCCUGGCCUCCCCUCCCACGAUGGUGUCUCCAACAACACAGCAGUCGACCUUUCCUUCUGCCUGACCCACUCUGUCCUAGCUCUGUGGUCAGGGGUUGGGCUGCAAGAAGCAGAGCGGGUUUGCCCUCUGCACUGAAAUCUCCUAGUUGGUUGUUACUUUCCUAAUGAUGAUAAACGUCUUAACACAUGCCAGGC